UGGUUAUGAAGUCAAUAUGGAUAGUACUAUUGGGGCUGGGAUUUCUGCAGGUGGCUGUCAGUGGGAUUAGAGAUCAGAGAGGGAAAGAGGGGGAAGGAAUAUCUUCUUCAGAGUGAAGAGCUUGUAUUGAGAGGGAAGAUCGGAUUUGGUGUGUAAAGAAGGGGAAUUUUAGGGAUGGAAAGUGAUGUUCAGAGAAGAGUGGCUUGUCUGGCUGUGAUACUUCACAAAAUAACUUGUGCUCUAAUUCGAAUGGAAUAGAGGAUUAUGUAUUACAGGAUCAUACAUAUAAAGCUGGUUAUGCUCUCUGACCCCAAAAAGUGCAGGAUUGAGGAAGCUUGACAUACAAGAUUAGCUUAUUAAAUGAGACUUCAAUAAUGUCAAAAUCUCUACUAACACAUGAUGUUGUAUGAAGCAUAAAAAUUGAGACUCCAAUCCUAAAUGUUGAUCAAAUAGAGUUAUCCUUGAAAGAAUUAGAGAACAUCAAUGCCACAAUUGUAUCUCAUACUAGUGCAUACAACUAUAAGUCAAAUGGCCCAAUCAGUGAAGGAGAGACUAAGCAAUACAAAUUCAACAGCUCAAUGUUCAUUUAUGUCGUACUCGUCCCAAUCUCUGGAAGAAACUCAAUUAAGCUCCAAAUGUCAUUAAAAUCUAUUCCCGAAGAAGAGAAGUCUCUGCUUUCUCAAGCUAAGGAAUUCGGGAAUAGCAAUGCAAGCAUAAUAAAUUUGUGUCUCAUAAUCGUCAUAUUAGUAGUUAUUGUCUUAGGAGGGAUUUGCCUCCUUUUUAGAUGUAUUAGGAACAAAUACCUUUUUAAAUACAGAGAUUUCACUGUUGACGAAAUUCCUCUGCCAGAUAUGGUAGCUCAGGAUCAACAGUUUGAUACUGAGGUAGAUGUUUCUUCACAUAGGAAAUCAAUAGUUACCAUCCCAAGCCCUCCUCCAACCCCCCAAAAAUCCACCCCACUUCACCCCAGACCCUGCCCAACCCUCCCAAAUAAUCCAAGUUCUACCAACCCAGCAUCCCCAUUAAGCUCAGCCCUUAAAAAUUUCAACUAA